AUGGGCGCGACGCCGUCGAAGGACUCGCAAUGGACCGGCGAGGUGGACGGGAAGAGGGUUGAGUUCACCUACGACCGCGACAAGGACCAGAAACAGCUCAGAUACCGGUACAAGAAGAGCGGGCGCCACGUCAAAAUCGAUGGAGACAACAUCAUUGGCCUGUUCUCUGUUCCCAGAGGAGGUGUAUCCGCUUCAUCGCUGCUUUACGUCAAAGGCGCCAACCAACCGCCCGACGGGAAGAACGACCAGCAAGUCCCCACCUUCAGGUCUCUGGUCGCGACUGGGCUGCCGGAAGACUUCAUCCAGAACUUCAGAAUAGACACCAAACUGCUAGACCUGCAGCAAGAGGCCGUCGCCCAGAGUACCGACACCCCCAACAUCCACGUCAUCGUAUCCACGCUCUCCGGCACCGGCCUAGCCAAAGGCUUCUUCCAAGACGUCGUCCGCCACGUCCUGGGCCACAUCGGCUUCCGCGAAGGGAAAGACUACCUCGUCCACCACACGCGUUCCUCCACCACCGUGACCGAAAUCGCGACCUCCGUCUUCCUCCCCCGCGCCAACGAUGGCGUCCCGCAACACAUUAUCCUCCUCUCCGGCGACGGCGGCGUGCUCGACACCAUCAACGCGCUUCUCUCGCGGCCGCAGAGCCCAGCCUACGUAGCGCCUGUAGUCGCCCUCCUACCCAUGGGCACCGGCAACGCGCUCGCGCACUCCCUCGGCAUCAGCAGAGACCACACCCUCGGCCUCGCGACCUUCGCACGCGGCACGCCGAAGCCUUUGCCCCUCUUUCGCGCGGCUUUCUCCCCCGGCGCGCGCCUCCUUGUCGACGAGAGCCGCCGCGAAGAACGCCUACACUCCGAGGACGGCACCCCAGUCCUCUACGGCGCCGUCGUCUGCAGCUGGGGCUUCCACGCCGGGCUAGUCGCCGACAGCGACACGGUCGAGUAUCGGAAGUACGGCGCCGAGCGGUUCCAGAUGGCUGCGAAGGCGGCGCUGUUUCCGGAGGAUGGGUCGCCGCCGCAUCGAUACCGGGCGAAGGUAUCGGUGUUGCGGAAGAGUGCGGAUGGUGGGGAGAAGUGGGAGGUUUUGGAGAGGGAGGAGCAUAUGUAUGUCUUGACGACGCUGGUGUCGAGUCUAGAGAAGGGAUUUACGGUUUCGCCGGACUCGAAGCCGCUGGAUGGGAGGCUGAGGUUGGUGCAUUUUGGACCGAUGGGUGGGGAGGAGGUUAUGCGGGUAAUGGGGCUGGCCUAUCAGGGCGGUGGGCAUGUCAAAGAGGAGGCGGUUGGUUAUGAGGAUAUUGAGGGGAUGAGGAUCGAUUUUGAGGGAAGAGAAGACGAUCCGCGGUGGAGACGGAUAUGUGUAGAUGGGAAGAUCAUACGCGUGGAGAAGGACGGCUGGGUGGAGGUUAGGAAGGAUCCGAGACAUGUGUUAGACAUUCUGAACAUAUCGAGUUAG